GUCGCAUUCGAUACUCAGCAACGUCACUUCGAGAGAAUGUCUGAAUAAUUUGUGACCGAUUUCAGUUCUUAUUGACACUGCAUCGCAUUGUAAGAUGUAUUUAACUCAUUAAUUCGUUUUACUUUCUCGAUUAUCAUCUAGUUCAUAGUGUAAACGAAUGAAUCAAAGCCAGUACCUAGAAGCAUCGAUACAGUAGCGUGUAAUCGAGACGAAAACAUAACCUUACGUCGACACCCGGUAUACCAUCAAUAGCCGAUUCCACACGCGCGCAUGCGUGAAUCGCUCCGCACGACAAUAUAAGCAACUUCGCGGCACAAUUCGUGGAAGAAAUUCCGCGCUGAGAAGGUGGGGAGGGAUCGUUUCAUUCGUGGACGCACACAUAAGUAGAAAUCUCUGUGGAUCGUAAAUAUGUGGUGUCAAACUAACCAUGCUGAGACGUAUUAGUCGCCGCAAGAAUUAAGAUCGCUGCAGCAAUCAAAAGAUGGUCUCAAUCAUCAAAAACCAGUUGCUGAAACACUUGUCGAGGUUCACCAAGAAUCUAUCAGCUGACAAAAUAAAUCUGAGCACAUUCAAGGGUGAAGGAGAACUGACAAACUUAGAACUCGAUGAAAUAGUCCUUACAGAUUUACUAGAGCUGCCAUCAUGGUUAAGACUAACUAAUGCUUGGUGCAAUAAAGUUUCAUUUCGUAUACAAUGGACCAAACUAAAAAGUGUUCCUAUUUUUUUGAGUUUGGAUGAGGUUCAUAUAGAUGUAGAAACAUGUGAAGAUUUAAGAAGUAUGUCUUCCCCGCAGGGUAUAUCAUCAUAUGCAGGUCCUGCAAAAUAUUCUUUUAUACAUAAAGUAAUUGAUGGAAUAACAGUUGCUGUUAAUACUGUAUUGGUUACAUUUAAAAGUCCUGCAUUCAUUGCCUCAGUCCAGAUGAAUCGAAUUAUGGUAGAAUCCAAGUCAGCAACAUGGCAGCGAUGUGAUCUCAGAACUACUAGAGUAAAGGAUCCUGAUCGAGGACAAUUGCUUAUUUUUAAAGAGUUAGAAUGGCAAACUCUUAGAAUAGAGGCCCAAAGUACUAAAGACAAAAAUCUGACACCACUUCGGUUGCUUACAAACCAAGCUAGAUGUCGAAUUACUAUAAAGAAAAGAAUAUCAGAUUGCUUUGUCAUGGGCUCCAGACUAGUAAUCAUUUUAGAUGAUCUUUUGUGGGUGUUGACAGACUCACAAUUAAAAGCUGCACUCCAUUUCAUCGAUUCUUUAGGUGGUCUUAUUGAGAAAGCUACCAUUCUAGAACGGAAAACAAAAGCCGCAAGAAAAUUAGAGGUUCUGCCAGAAUAUCAAGCCCAGAUAUCUCAACAAAGUAGAACGAAGACUCAAUGCAAUACAGCGAUAUCGAAGAUAUUUACGAGAUAUGAUGUUGUUGAAACAUCGUACCAUUUUCUUUCUCAACGUAUUGAUCUCCAUUUGUGUGAUGACGCCGGUGGAGGCAGAUCUUUAUAUCCUGAUCUUAAGGAGGGUGGCGCGCUGCAAAUUUCAUUAGUCAAAUUUCAAAUUGAUUAUUAUCCGUAUCAUUUGGCAAUGGCUGAUAGAAAACAUUGGGCCAAAUAUAAAGAGAACGCUACACCUCACAGUCAGUGGUUGCAGCAAUCAUUGAGUUCGUUUCGAAGUCAGUUUAUGGAUCUCAUUGAUUCCGGUAGAACGCAACACUCUCCGCUGACAAGAAGUCAAGGAAAUGUCAUAGGGAGUACGAAAGGCUCUGGAGAAAAUCUGGAGAAGAGUAUUCAAUCGCAGAAUACGAGUGUAGCUCCGUCCGAGCAGAAGAAGCCGCAACAUCCCAGUGGUAACCCAGUGAAGAAUUAUGUUUUAGAGCAGCUUGCGAAACUUAUGACGACGUGCAUUAUCAUUAGGAUCGACGAUUUUACUUUGUACAAAGUUACAACCACGUCGCGUAAUCCGAUACCUAAAGAAUUCAUCACAGGCGAUCGCGAUAGAUUCUGUCUUCCAGAAGACGUAACGAUACUUCACGCUGAAUUUACUUAUUACUAUUAUCCUGGGGACAUAACUUUUCCAUUGCCACCGCCGAAAUUUUACGUACAACUUAAUCCUAUUCAAGUGAACUUCGACAUCUGUUCGUGCCUUUGGUUUAAUUCUUUCGCAUUAAAUCUUCAUCAUUCUCUUAUAGGGAAGAACAAACAGUUAUCACACAGUUCCGCACGUUUAAUGUAUUUCGAUGUAAAGAUAGAGGCUAUAUUACCAAGAAUAAUUUUUGAAAGCCAGCAAGAUUAUCCGAACCAAAAAGACAGACCAAAAUCUCUGCAUAUUCAAACCUCCAGAGCAUCCAUAACGAACGUUCGAUCGACAGAAAGAUCUUCCAGGGCGGACUUGGCGCAAUGUCUGAAUGCAUUUCAGAUGGGACAAAUGUUUUUCGGCGCUGAGUUUCCCAGUAAAUCAAAAGAUUUUCAUGUGGUGACAGAAAAAUUUCUGGCACACUGCGGAGGUACUGAUAAUAUCAGACAAAUACCGCCCAAUUUCAGCAGCAAUUCCGUGAACGAGCUGAUUCGUCAAUUGAACCGAGAACUUUUGUGGACAGAGGCAAAAGACGUAUGGUGCUGCAACUUGGAACCUGUAUGGGGUGACUUUUUUGGAGCACGUGCCGUCGGUCAGAAUCGGCCUGUACCGUUUCUGGACGCGUUUCCUCUAACAUUAUGGUGUCACUUCACCACUGAAUCGGUCACGGAAAAACCUUCGGCUGCUGACAUUCACGGGCUUGCAUACAUAAGCAAUUUAGUUAGCGUGCAGAUAAAUCACUAUCAGUAUUUGUUUUUGCUCAGAUUGUCGGAAAUAGUGUCCGAAAUGGCCACCUACCUGGCUGUGGACUCGAACAAGAUUUUGAAGGUUGAAAGCGGCGGAUCAUUGGUCGUAGGUGCGUUGAUACCGCAGGUGGAAGUGACGUUCGUGAUGCCGUCUCACACACCCGGUAAAGAGAAUUCCGGCGGCGAUUUAGAAUCCGUUGUCCCUGACUCGUCCAGCAUAGCGGAUGAUUUUAUCGGUUCAUCCGUCGCUUGGCACACUAGCCAAGUGAGCACGCGUGUUGAUUUUAGCGCUAAAAGAGUGAACACAAGCAACGACGUGGAGACACCUCAGAGCGAAGCGUCAUCGAUGCUUUCGAUGGAUUAUUCGCAUUCCGCGCCAACGACUCAGCCGGUUGUUACUUUCAAACAAAACGGUACGAAGAAAGGCGAUCACGAAGGCUCGGCAAACGCGAUCUGGUGCAUUCCCGAAUCCUGCGGACCGCAAUAUAUCAGCGGCACGAGCGACGAAAAGAACGUGCUUCGACAAUCGGCAGAAACAGUUACGCACAAACACAGUAAAUCGGAUUCGGCCUCCAAUACACCUUUUAUCCCAAAUAAUUUCAACGUCGGUCUCUCGUCCAUGAAAAAGGGAUUUAGUAAUCUAAUGACGUCGAUCGACUCGGCUCUGAAGGCCUCCCCGGAAGAUGGUAGCAGCGACACAGUGUCUAUGAGAAGCGACGUUAGUUCGGAUAGCGAAAAUUAUGUCCUGGUGAAUCUGCAAGAUCAAGGCAAGAUAGAUGCGGUAUUCGGCAUCGAUAACACGAUUAGAAUAACAGCCGUGGAAGAAGCUACUGAAGUGGUAGAAGAAACGCCAGAUACGCAAAGCGAAAAGUCUAUGGACAGUGUGUGUAAGAGGAAGGAUUUAGUUUCCAUGGCAACGUUUAAGCUGUCAAAGGUCGAAUUUAUACAACAGUCUUGUGGCUAUUCUUCCGCUAUUAAGAUUCAGGUUUCUAACAUUGAUAAUGAUGAGUGUUCAUCCAUUCCUUGGGACGAAUUUCAGGUCAAGAGAAAGACCAAGUUCAGUUCGCGAUCACGAGGCUGGGUAGAAUUACCAUCAGAUUCUGACUGCAGAUCACGCGUUAAACUGCGUUUGGAUCAUGAUUUGAAAAAUAAGGAGGAUUCCCGUAGACUUUCGAGCGCUAGCCAAAACACGAGCGACAGUAGUAAGCGAGCACCUCAAGAUCGCACUAGAUUGCCUGAGCAAGACACCUGUACGUCCGUCAUCAAUGUGCAUGACAAAGAGAGUGUUAUGAAUUUAUUCGAAGACAAGUUAGAGAUGAAAGUCGCUAACGUAACAAUGACGCUGUCGAUGAGUUCAGUAACGGGUUUGGCGGAUCUGGUGGAAGACGAGAUCAUACCUAAGCCGAUACCUAUGCAGAUAUACUUAGAAAAUAUAUCAUUACGUUUAAACGAAGAUCGUCCACCAAAUAACAUAACUUCCCCAGGCCCGAUCCCAAUAGAUUUGAAUAUUUCCAAGCUUAGGAUAGCGCGGGACACGAGUGGUGUGUUUCACAUUGAACCUGUCGUAACUAUGGUGGCUGAAAGAGACUCGAGUACGACGUUAUCGGGUGAUAAGAAUUAUGCUCUUAAGAAUACAGAGUGCGAGAUGGAAUUGAAUACACUGAGACAAUCCAGCAGACAACUGAAACUAGACAACGAAGAGCUGAGACGCCGUAUGGGAGCUUUGGAAAGAUUAUCGGAAGAGAAUGCGAAAUUAAUGCGCGUAAAAGAGGAGUCGGACAUAAUAAGAUCUCGCUUGAACGCUGCGGAGAACGAUAUCACGGGCCUUUUGGAAGAAAAGAGAAUUUUGCAUGAAACUAUAAUGGAGCUACGAAAUCAAAGGAUGGAGAGCGGUCCUGCAGGUAGUAAUAGAGCUUCGUGGUCUAUUAAGAGAUAGCAUACCAGUUGUUUCGAUUGCUCCAAGUGUUGCAGUUCUAAUAAAUCUUAAUCGGUUGUCUUUUCUAUGUCCUGUAUGAGGAGAGAGAAGACGUUUGUUUUGAUAAACUUAGGAUAAACUUACGUAAAACAUAUGAAAGAUUCAUUCACUUAACACUUAUUCGAAUAAAAGAAAAAAGGGAAAAUAUUGAUAUUACGAAGUUUCAACUUUACAAGAUUUAAGAAGGAAUUAGAUUCGAUUUUAGUUUUCUCCGCAAACAUUGCGCGAGGAAGUCUAUAGUCGUUCUUUGAGACAUAUUACUCUUGUCUGCCGUAAUUACGCUAGUAACUGCCGUUUAGAUCUUUUAUUGCUUGAAACAAAGUGAUAAGAAUCGUGUAGCGCGCAUACUUACGUAUGCAAAUAUUAAUGGAGAAUAUCAACUUUCUUACUGCGAUCGAGUACAAGGCGAUAAUAAACUGCAAUAUUAGUGUGCAUUUCCUUUCACUGUUAAAUUGAUAAUUGAUGGUAUGAAUUCCUAAGGAGUGACAGUGUGUGACAUGUUUGCCGUUUUACGGAUAGCAAUCGCGUGACUGAAGGUUGCGUACGACUGUAUAUAUUGUGCACGUACAUUUUGUUACACAUCUACAUAUAUACAUACGUGCUUGACAUAUGACAUAUUUAUCCUUCUGGAAACGAAGCAAUUAGAAUAUCUUGGAACAUUCUUCAUAAGACUAAGAAUCAGAAGAAGAAUUUAUUUAGAGCUGGAUUGCGAGUGUCUCUGUAUGUCGAAAACAUCCUUUUUACAUUUUCCUGUGUUUGUACAAUGAUCACAGUCUAGUGCUAGGAUAUCAGAAGGAUAUGUAUGUAUGUAUGCAUACUGAUUAAGCAAAGUGCGCUAGUCAGAACAUUGCAAUAUAUGUUGAUUUCACGAUCGACUAUAUUUUGGCAUCAUUCUUAUAGGUUACUAAUCCGUAAGAGUGUGUUGCGAAGCACAAUGUGAAUUAGAGCAUAUAAUUGUAACUUAAUAAUAUAAUAGUUGAGCCUACUGAUAGACAUAGACUGUCUAAAUGGGAAUUGAUCCGGUGGUGUCGCAUGAUAUCGUAUAGCAUAAUUUUCUAUGACUAAUUUAACGAUUCAUCAGACGAUGAAAAUUUUAAAUAAUAAUAAUACGGUGAUGUGCGGAACACGUUCCAAUAAGACUGUAUAAAAUUUGGAGAUGUUGGUCUAUACAGUAGUCGCACUAGUGUCCUCGGGAUAAUUUAUAUAAACGUUAAAAAAAUGGCGAAUCGACAAUGAAUUUUUAACGGAGGGAAUUGUAAUACAGACGGCAAAGAACGAUCCCUUGAUAGAUCAUCGGAGUGUACGACUUUUCAGUUCAUGAUCCAGGUUUUGAAGACGAUAUAGCUUCCUUAGAGUUUGAUUUCGAUAGAUUUAGUUUCUACAGCCGGAUUGCUGGUCGAUCCUACACAAAUGGAAAGUAUUUUUUUAGUGCAUACGAAUACACGAUGCAAUUAGGAUUUGUUUCGUAACGUAGAUUUUCUGCUCUUAAUAUACAUCUGAGAUAUGAUGUUUCAUAGAUACGCAUUUUCACUUAGGUAUGCGGCUGCGAACGAUGCGUUCCCUUGGCAAAUAAUUUCUAACGAGUCAUUAUGAGAGUUGCGCGUGUAACACAUGCAUUGUGUGAGAAUUUAUUUCUACGUGGCGAUGAUGUUGCAAUUGUAGGCGACGGUACAGUUACGCGAUUAAUAUUUGACUAGUGAACGCAACGGCAGAAGCUUGCAUAACAUAUAAUAAAACCUAGAAGAACAGAAUGAAAGAUUAAAGUUGCAGUUUUUGUUACUAUUAGAUACGGGAUAAAUUUUUAUAAUACACAUAUCAUACUUGCAAUGAAGGAUUUGCUUAUGUAUAUCGUAUUUAUAUAUAACCUGACGACAUUUUAUAUAUUGCAAGGAUAUAAUUUUUAUUGUGGUUUAACUAUACUAUCUCCUAUUUUCAAAGUCUGGCUUAAAUCAACUUCCUAAAGUUUUCUUUAUGGUUCCUUUUCUGAAAUGUUUAUGUUAGUUUCAAACGUUUUUGUUUCGUAUAAGAACGAUGUUAAUAUAGUUUUUAAUCUUUACAUUUAGUUUUUGAGAUGUGUAUGUAUCUAUAAUAGUGGGUGUCUCUUAGACACACAUUAUGUUUGAUAAAUAGAUGUUAUAAUUUAGAUGUGUAUUUUAAAUUAAAAAAAAAUUUUGUUAACUUCCAUUUUUUAUUGUGUAUUUACAUGAAAGAUUUAAUACGAUAAAUAGAUAUGAAAGAGUUUCAUAUCUAUUAUUUGCUUAGAUAUAUAUUGAAUGGAAUUGUUUCUAAAUGAGAUACAAAGUUCGAUUUCUUCCUUUAUAUACCUUUAUGAAUACUUUCUUAUUUAUAUUGCACGCGCAUAACAUAUUUCAACAAUACAGACUUUAGGAAGUUGAACGUGAUAAACCAAUAAUACGAUUGUAUAAAAUAAUCGAAUAUCGCAAUUUAGAGCGUGUGUUUAUAGUUUAUAGUUGUUUAAGAAUUUUUGUUAUAUAUAUAAAAUGUACACUUAAGUUUUAGACGUUUGUGUCUCAUAUUCCGAUUAGAUUAUAUUCUUAUAUUAAUUGUUGUUCGAUUUUUUGAUGUGUUAUUGUUAACUUUACUUUAGCCGCGUGUACUGUUUUGGAUUUAUACAUAUUUUCAACUUUAGCAUAUUAUAUAUAUAUAUAUAUAUAUAUAUAUCAGAGCAGACAAGACUUUUCGAGGCCCGUUUAAUUCCAUAUAUAAUUAUUAUGUAACUUUAUACUAGUUACUCUAGUUAGUAAGGUUCCAAAAAAAUGUUGCAUAUAUAUAAAUAUAUAUAAAAAGAGAGAGGUUACAAUCAUGCAAUUUAUGCGUGAGUGACGGUCCCAUUUCGUAAAUUGAUAUCGUAUGUCAGUGGCCAUGUGAUACUUUAUCUGAAACGAUGCAGCCAUAAUUUACGAAAUGAACCUAUUUUAUAUAUUAGCGUAUAUAGUACAUAUUUGAAAAUCAUCAUUUCAAUAUCAAAAUGCUAAGAAUUCCAAGGGUGGGUUGUGCAAUUUCCAAGCCGUUUGUGGAGUCAAUGUAAGUUUGUCGUGUUUGCUAUUUCUUCAUAGCUUCUGUUGUGAGACGUGCUUUCGACUACAUACUUAAGUAUCGUAAGUAAUAUUGUGAAUACUGUAAUGUAUUCAACGCCGACAAUUUUACUUACAAAUUGUUAUCAUUUAAAAAACGCAGUGGGGUGCAUACAGGUGUAUAUUUUGUUAUCGCAUCAAUAAAUUUACUUCAGUAAAAAUUAAUAUGAAAUAUUGCGAUGAGCAUUUGAUGGAUAUCGAGGUAUGGAUAAGCCAUGAUACUGAGAACUUAGCAAUAUAUAUGUAUACAUUCGUUUUCUGAAACUUGUAUUAUAACAAUUACGCUAUUGUUAAUUCGGUGACGAGAUUACAAGAAUUCGAAUAUAUUUAGCCUUUUCUUUGUGGAAUUGGAAGGAUCGAUGGCCAAAAUGUAAUUUUAUCUUUUCAAUGUAAAGAGAAUGAAUAUCACUUUCUCAAUAAAGUUAUAUUACAAA